CUCACUGCGCAAUGGCCACAGAAGCGUCUUCAACAAACAUUUGUCCCCAAAUGGAUUACGAGACGAAGAUUUUCCCUCACAUCGGCGGAUAUGGACGCUACAACCGACUCGUUGUACUUUUCAGUUGGUUCCCCAACUUCGCGGUCAUGCUGAAUCUGUUUAGCGACGUUUUUUACACUUUAAUCCCGGAGUCGUAUCACUGCAAAACCGACCCGCAGCUGCUGCCCGCCGCUUUCCUCCCCAGCAACCUCUCCAGACAGGGCUACCUGAACCUCACCAUCCCCUGGGUGAACGGCUCCGGGCUCAGCCACUGUGAACUCUUCAAGUAUCCGGCAAACAGCUCGGACUUUUCCGAGAAGGUUCCCAGGCAGAGGGUGUCCUGCACCGUGGGGUGGGAGUACGCCCAUGUAGCCGGGCUGCACAGCAACUUUGUCACCGAGUGGAACCUGGUUUGCAGCAACUACUGGAAAAUCCCUUUGCAGCAUAUCUGCUUCAUGAGUGGAUGGAUUCUGGGAUACAUCCUCCUUGGUACGCUGUGCGACUGGGUUGGUCGUCGACGAUGUUUCCUCCUCUCCAUCAGUCUCUCCAGUAUGUUCGGAGUGGCCGUGUGUUUGUCCAACAGCGCGGUGGUGUUUCUGCUGCUGCGUCUCUCUCAGGGCGCCAUGCUCGCUGGGGUCUUCAUUUCCUCGUACAUUGCCAGGCUGGAGCUGUGUGACCCUCCCCAUCGUCUCAUGGUUGCCAUGGUCAGCAGCUUCUUUGCCAUAUUUGCGGAGCUGCUGUUGCCGGGCGUCGCUGUUCUGUGCCGUGAUUGGCCGAUUCUCCAGGCUGUGGCCACCUUGCCUCUGCUCCUGCUGCUUUCCUAUUGGUGCUGUGCGUCAGUGUUUCCUGAGUCUCCUCGCUGGCUGCUCGCCACAGAUCAGAUCCCCCGGGUGAAGAGGAGCCUCCAGGAUUUCUCCACCAGGAAUGGUGUCUGUCUGCAAGAUGAAAUUUACCCUGGUGAAAACCUGCUGUCAGAGAUAGAUUCAGCGUACGGAGAAGACUGUCAGCCGAUGUACUUUUCAAUUCUGGAGCUGCGCCGAACUCGUGUUAUCUGGAAGAACUGCCUCAUCCUCAGCUUCACGCUGUUCAUUGGAACAGGCAUCCAGUACUGUUUCACCAGAAACCUGCACAGUUAUUCCUCCAACUUUUACUUCAGCUACUUCCUCCGAGUUAUUACCGGAGCUCUGGCCUGCAUCUUCAUUUGUUUGUCUGUCAAUCACUUUGGUCGGCGAGGUAUGCUCCUGCUCUCCGCCAUCAUCACCGGACUGUCUUCGCUGCUGCUGCUAGCCCUCACUCAGUAUCUGCGUGGCGGUCUGGUGUUGGUGCUCUCCGUCGUGGGUCUGCUGUUCUCUCAGGCUCUCGCCAUGCUCAGCGUGUUGUUUGCCUGUGAAGUUAUGCCGACCGUGGUUCGAGGUGGAUGCCUCGGUCUGGUGCUGGCUGCAGGUUGCGUCGGCAUGGCCGCCUCCUCUCUGAUGGAGCUGCAGAAUAAUGGUGGCUACUUCCUCCACCACGUCAUCUUCGCCUCCUUCGCCGUCCUCUCUGUCCUCUGCAUAAUGCUCCUACCUGAAAGCAAACGCAAGCCACUCCCAGACUCCCUGAAGGAGGGCGAGAGCCAGCGCCGGCCUCCUCUCUUCCUGUCCCGGCCUGAAAGGGACAACCUGCCGUUACUGUGUGCACGGCCUCCUUUGACGGAGUACAACCCUGAUAACUAUUCCCGCUUGGUCUCUGCAACCCGAAAGAUGUUGACUAAAGGUAAUUUACCUUACAGGAUCGCUGUGCCUCUGCUGUCAGACAGUGAAACAUCGGGACAAGACAAUGAGACACUGAGAGAGGUCGUAUCUUAACUGAUAACAGACGCUCCUCGUCCUGUUUUGUACAGACUUGGAUAACUCCACCCUCCUCCAUUUGGACAUACCUCCACAGACAGUCUUCCAUCGUCCAUCACUAAAUUAUUGUUGAAGUCACUGGUUGGUCAUAACUCUACCAAAGAACUGACCUCGGCUUGGAUGCAGUGAACUUUAGAGCUACGGCUCCAAGUCUCUUUUUGUUACAUUUUACACUUGAAGCCGUUUCUCUUUUGUGGCUUUUUCGUGGAGUCAGGUAACGUACUGAAAAACAGUGGCCUUUUUCAGCAAAUCUUUUUUUUUGCUGUCCGUACUUUUUGUAAAGGCUCAUUAAGAUGGCCUUUUAAGCUGUAACAUUGCAUGUUAUGCCUGAUAAAUUCCCUUGAAACCAUUCACACCCGAUUUAACUUCAGCAAGUGCAGUUGAGGUCACACUAGCCGUUUGUGUGAAGGCAUUCAAACCAAAUAGUCUGACGUUAGUUUCGUUAGAGAAGCUCCUUCAUUCUUGCAGCUGCUGCUGAUCAUGUGAGCAGCAUUUAUUUGUCCAUUUACUACUAACUCAUGCACUUUUCAUUAAAUCCAUCAGUCUGAUUCACCAUCUGUGUCUCAGAUCCCGAGGACACACAAGACUAGUUCACACUGUCUUUGUGGAGUCUUGUUAUGCUUGUAAAGCACACAGGAGGGAGUUAAAUGAUACACUGGAGUCAAAUAUUAUUCCUCUGGCAGUUUUAAUACUUCUUUGUGCUAAACAGGGCUGUUCAAAAGAGGAUUGGACACGCUCUUUGACCCCGUUGGAGCUAUCAGGUAUGACACAUGCACAAUGCACCUGGAGCUGGGAUGUUGGAGGGUUACAGUAGUAAGCGCUACAAAUAAAGGGAUGACGUCCGCUCGGGUGCUCUUUGGGUGUGCUGCUUUUAGCCACCAGGUGCGCUCAGCCUGACAAAAAUUUUGGGUAGGCUCAUAUUGAAUGUAUGAUCUUCUAUUCUGAACUUUUUUUUGUCCCAUUAUAGUGCGCCAGCUACUGAGCCUUUCAGCAACUGCAGACCAGAUUUCACUGCUCAGGUGUUUUACCGCGAUGGUAUGACAGGAGUUAAGUAUUUGGCAAAAUGUUAGGAUGUGGGCCAUGUGGGGAAUUAACACCAAGUACCAAACAAUUGAUGUUGGAUUCUGUUUGUUGAUAAGUUUGUCUUCCCAAACCACUUUGUUACAAACUGUUAUUUAAAAGUGCGUUUUUUUUACAUGACUUUUACGCUGAAUUGGCAAAUGUACUAACCGCUGUAGCUGGCAGACAAAAGGUUAAUCCCUUCUCUGUCUUGUAGUGAUUAUGAAUUGUGUCCUUUUGUUAUAUUAGUAAAAAAGUUAUUUCAGUGUUUCAGGAUUCAACAGGACUCACCUUAAAGGGACAGUUCAACCCAAAAUACAAAUUUUUCCUCUCACCUGUAGUGCUUUUUAUCAGUAUAGAUUGUUUUGGUGUGAGUUUCCAAGUGUUGGAGCUAUUGUCCGUAGAGAUGUCUGCCUUCUCUUUAAUCUAAUAGAACUAGAUGGUAUAAGAUGUGAACCAUGUUGGCAUCCUCCUUUGAGCUGUAACAUUAGCUCGCUCCGUGGUGUUGCUUGCAUGCUUCCUUCUGCGCAGUGAUUGGGCUGGCAGG